GAAGUCUAUGAUGAUCUGGUGGCCAGCGAGGGCCUCCCAGUGGACAUCUGGAAUGUGGACUACGCCCAGGCUGCUUUACAGCGCCUCCGUGGCAUCGCCGAAGGAAGGGUCAUGAACUGGGCUGUGGCCGACCUCACUCAGCUUUCUGAAGAGGACUUCCCGACUGCCACCUUCGACUUGGUCCUAGACAAAGGCACUAUGGACGCGCUGUUCUGUGCAGGCCCCGCAUCGGUGGCAGCCGCUGCGCGCGAGAUGCAUCGGAUUCUUCGACCAGGUGGGCGCAUGAUCAUGGUCUCCGGGGUCCCGCCAGCGAAGGAUGUCCUUGAAGCCUUCGAAGGCAGAUGGACUGUGCUGGCAGACGGCUCGCCGUUCAUCAUGGACGAUGGCGAGGCCACGAUCAACCUGCGCGCGCACUUCUAUGUCUUCGAGCGCCCGGAAAGUGCUGCUGAGGGCAGCUCGUAG